CAUAUCCAACAUAUCCAACAUUUAAUAGAUUGUCCGAUCUACACCUAAACAUCUCAUUUACUCUAUAUAUCGUUCUGACGAUCGACCCUGCGCACCAUCACUUUCCGUGCGCUCUAAUUGACACCGCAGCCUUAAGACGCCGGACAUAAACAGAUCGAAUAUGCUACCCUCUACCCCUCGCCGUCCCCCCCACAUACACCAUGGGCUCCUUAAAAUCCUUCAUCAAGGCUGUCAGGGCCUCCAAAACGAUUGCUGAUGAGCGUGCGGUUAUCCGCAAAGAAUCCGCCGCGAUCCGAACCUCCUUCCGCGAUGUGGCGCUUGACCAGCCGACGCGCCGCGUCAACAUCUCCAAGCUCUUGUACCUCUACAUCCUAGGCGAGAAGACGCACUUUGGGCAGGUCGAGUGCUUGAAGUUAUUGGCAUCGCAGAGCUUUGGGGACAAGCGCUUGGGCUACCUCGCGGUUAUGUUGUUGCUAGACGAGAACCAGGAGGUGUUGACGUUGCUCACCAACUCCUUGGACAACGAUAUGGGUCACCCGAACCAGGCGGUCGUUGGCUUGGCACUCUGCACCUUGGGGAACGUUGCUUCGCCGGAAUUGGCCCUCGAUUUAUACCAAAACGUGGAGAAGAUCCUUGCUUCCGGAAACCCGUACUUGCGCAAAAAAGCCGCGGUGGUGGCGGCAAAGUUGGUCGAAAAGGACGCGGACUUGGCCGAAGCGUUUUUGCCUCACGUGGCGCCAUUACUUGCGGACAAAAACCACGGCCCGUUGUUGGGCGCGUUGGCGCUCUUGCGCGCGGUGCAUGCGGCGGAUGCCACGUCACACGCACUGUUGCGUCGCGCCACACCUGCGUUGCUCGUACACUUGAAGAAGCUCCAGGCGCAGGGCUACUCGCCUGAACACGACGUUUUGGGGGUUGCGGACCCUUUCUUGCAGGUGUCGCUUUUGCAGACGUUGCGGACGUUGAACGAGCAUUCCGACGAGCACCUGGAACAGCUCAACGACGUCUUGACCCAGGUGGCGUCGAACAUCGAACCGGGAAAGAACUCGAGCCACGCUGUUUUGUACGAAGCCGUUAAGACCAUCUUCCAGGUGCGCUCCGACUCGGCCCUACGUGUCUUGGGGAUCAACAUCUUGGGAAAGUUCCUCGGAACCAAGGACAACAAUACGCGGUACGUGGCGUUGAAUACGCUACUCACCGUGCUCCACAGCGAGCCACAGGCCGUCCAGAGACAUCGCAGCACCAUCGUGCACUGUCUCAGUGACGGCGACAUCUCCAUCCGCCGCCGUGCGUUGGAGUUGACCUUCGCCAUUGUCAACGAGCAGAACAUCCGCGUCUUGGUGCGCGAGGUGCUCACCUUCCUCGAGAACUCAGACAGUGAGUUGAAGCCGUAUAUCACCGCCCAGUUGUGUGUGGCGGCCGAUAAGUACGCCCCGAACGCGAAGUGGCACUUUGACACGUUGAUCCGCAUGCUUCGCGUCGCGGGAAACCACGUCACGAGCGACAUUGUGUCAAACAUCUUGGCGCUUGUGAUGCAAAACGAGGACUUGGGCUUGACCAAGCACGUGGUGCAGCGCUUGUACCAGGCAUCUGUCGAGGAUUUGUCGCAGUUCGGCUUGAAUUUGGUUGCUGUGUGGUGCGUGGGUGAGUACGGCGACUACUUGAUCAACACCACGUAUGAAACCGACAAGGGCAACGUUUCGAUUACCGAAGACUCCAUCUUGGACUUCCUCUACUCCUUGAUCAACAACACCACGUAUAGCGAUGCACAGGGCGUCCAGUUGACGUCGUACGUCUUGACCGCCGUCUUGAAGCUCAGUGUUAAGUUCACCCAGACGGCCACGGCAGAGAAGUUGAGACGCAUCUUGAAUGCCUCCUCCAACAGCAUCAACUUGGAGAUCCAGAUUCGCGCGAUCGAGUACCAGGAGAUUUUCAGCCAGCCGUUGGCCUUGCGCAAGGGUUUAUUGGAGAGAAUGCCCGCGCCGCCAGUCAAGCGCAGGGAAGGGUUGUCCCUUAACAGCCGCAAGGUUGUCGCUCCAUCUGGAAAUUCUAGCGCUCCUGCCUCCGAUUUACUCCUCGACUUGAUGGAUGACUCGGUCCCUGCCGCCCCCCAGCAGUCCGCUGACUUGUUAUCGGACAUUUUCGGCUCCACCCCCGCCCCAUCUGCUAAAAACGAGAUCAUGGACUUGUUUGCCGCUCCUUCAGCGUCCCAGUCAAAGCCUUCCCAGCUGCAGGUUCCGUCGUCGGCCUUGCUUGCACACAGCAAUUCCCACGUCAAAUUGUAUUUUAACGUGCAGCAGCUCGGCGAGGGCACUGCUCUGAUCGAUACUUUGAUCAGCAACGUGCUGGCAGUUACUGUUUCAGACAUUUCGAUGCUUAUUGCGGUGCCAAAGUCCCAGAAGUUGCAAUUGAGCAACAUCAGCUCGCCGCUGAUCCAAGCUGGUGGGACUGCCAAACAGACCAUGAAGGUCAAUGGCAAGGAGGGCGGUAAGUUGAAAUUGAGAAUCAAGUUGGGCUAUUCCGUGGAUGGUCAGGCCAUCGAGGAGCAGUUUGACUUUGGUGGGUUUGGCAGAACGUUGUAGGAUACAUGUUGCAAUUUAAACCAUUUGGAUUAUUUGUAGAUGGAGGAUAAAGGAUCAUUUGUGAAAGUGCUUAAUCGUAAUCAGACAUAAGUGAGACUAUCGGCCGUGCCUUUUGACACCUUGUUUCACGCACUGAACUCUUCACACCCUUAAAUCGAACUUGCAAUCCCGGGUUUAUAAAACGGGGCCUAAGCUAUGAAAACGAGGAUUAACCCGGAAAAGAAAAAAAAAAAAAGUGAU